UUUUCUACAACGUCAAACAUCGCCAGGUAAACCCCAGCAACACGUGCAAGUUACAAACAAUUCAUGAGGCUUUGGAAUUUUUUUCCUUGUCGGUAUGGUCUCGUAAAGAGCGUGUUGGCGCUGCUGAAUGGCGCAAACUGCUCGGGUCCAUGCCAGUAACAGCGAAGAAAGCGGUCGUCGCCUUCAACUUCCCAAUAAGGAGCCUGUAUCGAACACGGAACACACAAAUCAUCGUUUUAAAAUUCCUUCAGCGGGCAGAGAUUUCUUUUCUGACCCGUUCAUACGUGAGAAUGGUUCAAGUAGUGUAGUAGGCUCGAAAAAUCAGGGUAUUUUGAACGAGCUACAAGAUUAUAUUCAGAGUACAGAACAUCGGACUGUCAACAAUAAUAAGGGAAAUUCCUUGCCCAACAAAAUGGCGACGUCGAGUUCGAGUGCAACAAACCAACAAACGGCGAACGCUAAUGGGUUUCAAAUGUCUAUGAAUUCAUCUACGGGACCAGUAAACAAGUCAGGAGCUGCUAGUUUGGGAAUACCCGCCUCCGUUCAUCUAAACAAUCAACUUUCGACAAUUCUCGACCCAGGGAAUACCGACCCAGGAAGUUCGACGGCAAACACGGCCGUACCGUCUAGAAAUCUUACUCCAACAAACCCUAACCCCGCAAGUAUGAAACUUUUGGCGUCAAAUCAACCUGCUUUAUCACCACAAAACCAGUACGAUCAAUACAAUCCUCGACAGGAAAUGCUACUUCACGGAUCGUUUCGCGAAGUUCCCAUCGCACCUAGAGCGCCGAACGCAGCGGAACAAUAUGGCUCCCAACAAAGGUUUGCUUCUGCUCGUAGUGAAAAUCAACUAAAAAGGGGGUUAAAUCCCCAGACUUCUAGCCCGUUUCCGCCGGGUUAUUACAAUCAAGACUCAAUUUCGUCUCAGGCUGGGCAAAGAUCGUCUAACUCGCAACCAGAUGAAAGAAAUAUGAUUACAAACCAGCAUUUUCAGUGGCAAAGUCGGCUGCAGACGUCGAACCAUUGUUCGACAAAUUUACCAACAAAUACAUCUCCCGGCCCACCGAUGAGUCGAGCACAAUUGCAGGUAAGACCAUAUUAAAACCGUUGGGAGAUUGUUUAUAUUUUUUGGUAUCUCGUGCGUUGUUAGUUUCAUUUGUGGGGAGAUUGGAGGGUCACAACGGCUGCAGUGAGAAACAGACAUACGCUUAAAAUAUUUAUCGUCAGAAUAUUCAUAUCACAAUGGCGGACUCGAAUUUAGCGCGGGGCUGAUCGAGUUUCACCAAUCCGGUAAAAACGAUGCAGAGCGGAUUACAUCCUUCUCUGAAACGGCAAGGUUUCGAUUCCUGAACCUACAAGUCCAGCGCGGUAAGUUAUUUUGUGUACAAUUUUGUAGACAAUUUUAAACCAGGAUCACCACCUGUGAAAUUCAUAUGUCUGUUUGUAUGAUUGGCUCUGCUAGUGUCAAUUUAUAAAUAAUUGCGGGUACUUUUGAGACGUUGUAAGUCAUUGGUCUCAGAGGGAUUAAACCUUGAUCAUUUUAUUGACCUUUCUUUUGUGAAAAAAUGUAAGGGUUAGACAUUUCUUUGUUAUAUUGGUCCACAUUAUUUUUGUUACAGUAAGCUUGUCUUCACCUUAUUAACUUGAAUUAAACUGCUUAGAAGUAAAUUAGGUUGUUUCAACUUUUUCAAUUGUGACAGUCAUUCUGAAGCAGGUUUUGUUUCACUUUGACAUGUUGCAUAUGAUUAGUUGGGGAAUGGAUUGUACAGUACCUUGAAAACUCACAGGGUUCCAACUAUUUGGAUAGUAAUAGCCUUAAAUGUGUACUCCAUCAUUUUUUAAAGUCAUCUGAUCUUAUAAUUUUACUAGUACAUUGAUAAUAUAACCUUGAUGAUAAUAAUGAAACCGUGGACCCAGGUUAAUUCUGGAACCAAAGGAAUAGAAUAAGUGUAAUGGACACCUUUUAUUGGUUCAAAGGUUGAAGUGUCAAACUUUGAAGUGAUCUAAGGGUACUUAGUGUCUGUGGCUCACACAGGGUUGGAAAAGUCCUCUAAAACAUACCAGGCCCUUGAAAAGUCCUUGAGAAUUGAAUGAUCAGGAAAUGUCCUUAAAAAGACCUUGAAUUUCCCUCAACAGUCCUUAAAUGUUAUUGAAACUUUGAAUACAAAGUCAGAUGUUGUUCAUCCUUUGCUCCUUCAAAUAGUUUUACACUGAAAAUAUUGUUUGCUUGGUGUUCCACAUACAACUACACAAUUGUAUGAAAUAGUCUCUGUUUUGCUUCACUGUCAUUUUCUGUUUCUGGUCCAGCCAAACCAACUGAAUAUUAAGCAAAACCUUUGAAAUUCUCUUGGCCAUCUCUUUUAUGGGAGCAGUGGAAGAUGAAUGUAGUUAACUUUGUGUGAUACAAAAUGUAGUUCUUUUUAAGCACACAGGACUGUUACUCCAAAUAAUAAAGGUUUGUUUUGAGUGAGCUUGUGAGAGAGGGAAUAUAAAUUCAUAAGUGUUUUGUUGAGACAAAGAACUGAAAGUUGGUCAUUAGGAAUGUGUGUACAUUGAAAAGCAGGAUUCCACUGUAGUCUUUCUAUUUAACAGGUGAAAACUACCAGUUAACAAAUAGAUUGCAAGUGACUUUUGAACAGAUAAAUAGAUUUUUUGAACUGUUGAACCUCUUGUCAUAAGAUACAAGUGAUUUCCUUAAUUGCUCGUAAAAUAGAUUGGCUUAGCAAUGUAAACAACUUUACCAGUAAUUAUUGAAGUUCCUAACAUUUUCUGAAGUUAAUUAUAUCUGCAUCUUGUAAUGCUUAUGGUGUUCACAAAUAUGGAUAUGUAUUGUGAGGGAUUCUUAAAUGCUUUUUAGCCGCGCAAUUUUUUUUGUGCACAUGCUUGACCCAAAAUGACAAUUUGUCCUUGAAGACAUGUUGUACUUCAUUAAAUUAAAACAAAGGCAAUUAACAUGGAGCAGGUUUGGAAAAAUAAUGGAUGUCAUCAGUUUAGACAGUCGCACACAAAACAGACACCUACCUUAUGCAGGCCAAAGAGAUCUUUUAGACCAUACCCAAAUUAGCACAAUCUUGCUAAACAGGCAGGAGAAAAUGGAAAAAACAUUGUUAAGUUCACCAAAAAAAUUCUCAUGAAAUCUUGUCCCACAAUCCAUCACAGGAUUUGUUUAGAGUGUUGAAUUCAUAAAAAAAUAUUGAAAUUUGCUAACCAGUUUUCCAAACCUGCAAAAAGUUUGGAACAAUUUGUAAAAAGUAUGGUCUUUGAAGUGUUGAAGCUGCAACAAGUGCCUAUUGACUUUUUUGUAGUGGUAAAAUCUUAUUUAGUCUCAUCUACAGCAAAAACAUUCAAAUGCAUUUUUGAGAAGUUUCAUAUUUUCCUAAUGUCAAAAUUGCGCUGUGGUUACUGUACAUUUGCAUCAGUGGAAAAUUUUGAUUCCUUCCUUUUUUGAGGUUUCUAUGGACUGCUUAUUUGACAACUUUGAGUCUGGAUGAAGAAAUACCUGUGGAAAAAGUCUUUUAUUUUUGCAUCCAAAGAUCUAUAGAGCCCUGUACCCCUGACACCCACAAAAUAGUUUCGCAAUCCUUAAUUUUUCAUGGAAACUUUUCCCACCAUAAUUAAGUGUAAUAAAAGUCCAGGUAAAGAGAAACAUUGGGGGAAGAACAGGGAAAGAAGCAGGAGAAAUAGAGAGAAAAAGGUAAACGUUGAGAGGGCAGUGUUGUUUUAAGCCCUUCUGCAUAUGCCCAAACUUUAGAAGCUCUAAUUUUGUUACAGGGACAAGUUGCAACUUGUAAAUGAUGUUUGGUAUUGUCACAUUUAUGCUGGAUUGUUUCCUCCUUUCAUCUUCAAUGUAACAACAACUUCAAGAAAUGCCUUCUGAUAAGAUUUUUAAGACACGUGGCUUUAUUGUAGAUAUAAGAGAAUUUCUGUAGCUUACAACAAAUUGACAGCAUAAAAUUUACAUUGGCAUGUCAAAUGGCUGCUAUGAAAUUGCAGCUCUCAUAAAGAAGUGAAUUUCCACAAAAGUGUUAUUGUUUUGAUCAUCCUUGCUAAGUGUAACAGUAUUUUACCAAACAGAAAAGUGAAGUAAGAAUUAAUAAAGCUAGGUGCCUAAUAUCCCAGGUCCACUGAAAUUCCUUUCAUCCAGUCAUAUGAUGUGGCCCAAUAUAAGUUAUAUCAAGUCACAUUGAAGUAUUGUGGAGAUUCAUUUUGUGAAGUCCUGAUGAUAAGGGCUCUGUAAUUGAUUACUCCAAAGAACUAAAGGGAACUACACUUAGUUUGCCAUACAAACCAUGGCUCUAUUGGCAAGUUCCCUGUAGAGAGUUUGUCACUGAUAUUCCUGUAGCUAUUUUGUCACAAAAAUUUGACUCUAUAUCUUUCUGAUUGGUAUCUCAUCUGAUUUGCCUGUUCAGUGAUAACACAACCAGAUUCAAUUACAUCUAUGUUUAACUUUCUCUGAUUCAUUUGGAUAAAUUCAUUUCAUACUUAUUAUGAGAGUGUUGGCCAGAAAUGUAUUUUCGUAAGAAGGAUAUAGGUGUUACACAUAGAUCCAAUAGAGAGGAAAAAGAAAUUACCAUAUGAAGUUCCUUGUGGAAACAUACAACUUAGCAAAGUUCUGAAUCUCACGCAAAGCUGUUAUGUUAGUUAACCAUGAUUGGAAAACAACACACUGUCCCUACACCUUUUUUCCUGUGGUUUACAUAACAGUUUCUUAUUGCCACAAAGAAAGUUUCAUGCAUCAAGUAUCUCCUUUUUGUAUUUACUGUUGAUAUGGCAAAGGUGUAAAAAUGCUGAUUAACAGCGUACAGAAAUUCCUUUGUUUUACUGAUACCAGGGAAACAAUAUCAUGAAAUCAGUCACACAUCCCAGUCCUCUUCUGGUCAUGAAAUUGUAUGAUUUAUCUUGGUACUGACUGAUAACAUCACACUCUUCUUUUUGGUAUGUCAGGGACAGAAAGCAUCCCUAGCUUGUUAAAUUCUGUUGUCCUUUUGUGUAAUGAAUUAGUCUUGUUUUUGCUGUUGUGUAAUUUGUGCUAUAAUUUAUAGCAGUGGAAAUUUUCCUGCCUUGGAUUGUUUGUUUGUGUAAAAGAAUGUUCAUAGUUUCACGGACAAAUUUUUAGCCUUUACAGUAUUUCCAAUAUAAUGGCAGUUUUUCUGCCAGAAUUUUGUACAACUUAGGCUUUGUUGAAUUUGCAAAACAUUUUCACUGCUUUUUCUGUCAGUCUUACCCAGAAUUUCAGCCAUCCCCUCAAGUCGCAUACACUUGAAAGGGAUGUCUUAAUCAACAAGCUGCUAAUUCCAUUGAGUGACGUCACUUCUCCAUUGCUUUAAUUCAUGUACACAUGAUUUUCAACUGGCAAACAAUGAUGUAGAUGUUACAUAUGGUCUACGUUGUUUCUAUAGUACAGUUUAACCUGCAUUAAACAGCCAGCCUCGGAGAACCGGCAAAUGGCUGUUUAAUGGAGGUUGGCUAUUCUAUUGAGGUUUGUCAUAAAUUAGCAUAAUCGUAAGCAGAAACAUCACUUUAUUUUGAAACAAAGCCAUGACAGGAGCAGCGUUACUUGUUCAAAAUCAGUCAUCACCUUCUUUCUCGCAUUGUAUUUUCCUUCUUCAAUAUCUUGAAAUUAAGGGCGCUUUCCAAAAGUCAGAACUGGCCGGCCAGACCAUGGCUGGAGCAGCAUUUUUACAAUGAAAUAGGCUUUUCCCAACAGUUUUUGCUGAAAAACCAUCUCCUUCGUGCAUAGUAUUUAGGAUUUGACGGAUCUGGUUGAAAAGUUUUGCUUAAAACUAAAAUUCUCAUUACUACGGGAAUGGUCUGGCCGGUCAGUUCUGACAAAUGGAAAGCGCCCUUAGUCAAACUAAGUGUAUCAAGCGCUUGAUGGCCACUUAAUAGAGGUGACCACAAUGGGAGAACUCUUGUUGGGGAAGCCAAAAGGUGGUGGCAGCAGCUUAACAGUGGUGGCUGCAAUUAUUAUUUCAAGACUUUGGUUACUGGCCUCUUAAUAGAGGGAGGUUCAACUGUAUUUGAGUUAGUCCCAAUAGCAAAAACACUAAUAGUGGUUUGCUGAGAUACACCUGUGCAUAAAUCUGUUAUUCACCUGUUUUUAUUUUGGCUUAGCUUUUGAGCCACUAUAUACAGGAAAUAUAACCUCAAUACAGCCUUUAUACUAUCUUUGGUUAUAUUUGCAACACAACAGAAUAAGUUGCAGUGGGUCUACCUUAUUCAGGGUCCCUUAGACAGGAUUUACAACUGUAACCAAUUACAUUUUUAGAGGCAAACAGUGAGUCCUAGCCAAAGUUAUUUGAGCCAAUCGUAUGAAAAUGAACAGUUUUUAGUGUAAAAUUCACACUCUGGUAUGACAGGUUAAAAAAUUGGCAGAUCUGCUAGGAAAAUGUACAAAAAGGUAGAACCAAAAAUUAAUUGUUCAAAGGAACUUCAACAUCCCUUAUUGCAGUUAAGUAUUGUUAGUAGUAGUUUUAUGUAAGGCUUUUUUGUGAAUGUGAAUGAAUGGAUUACUGUAUUCCAUCAAAGUGGUUAUUUGGAUUUCCACAGUAAAUCAAGCAGCUACUAAUCUAGUAUAUUCUUUAGUAUGUUAUUGUUAAUAUAUAUUGAUUUUCGUAUAAACUUGUCACAAGUAUCCAUAUUUCACUCUUCCUGUCCUUCAUAUCUGUGUGAUUUUGCUGAAAGGUGCCCACUAAGUUUUUUCUUGAACAUGGGCAUCCUCGUGUUCGAGCCAGUGUAGCCAGAAAAAAACAAAAAACAGGGGGCUUGGCAUAUUGCUAGGUGUCAGCAGAGAGCUCAGGCCCAGACCUAACUGUGGGUGGUUGGCUUCCUUUUUUUGCAUGUCAAAAGUAGGGGGGUAGGGAGCAGAAAUUUUGUCACUUUGAUUAGAGUUUCAAGUCAGAAAGCAAGGCAAAGUCAAGGAGUUUUUCCUGUGGGAUAGCCCAGCCAAAUCAAUGCUCUGACUCAUAAUCAUAAUGCUACUUGAGGGGGUGACUGAGUAGUCAUAAGUGUCAUGGGUGGGGACGGUGAGUUCUUACUCCUUGGAGUUGGCUGUCUAGAGACCUAAGUACAAGCACCUUAUCAAAUCCAACAGAUAUAUACUGAUAUAUUAACUAUUAUUAACAUUUAAUGUUCAUAAUAUGUUUUUUCUCUAUCGUUUGUUUAUGAAUUAUCAGUUAAUGUUAGUGAAAAAAAAAAUUCCAUAACCAUCAGGUUUGCAGUCAGACAGUCUGUAGCCACCACUGGUUCCCUGCAAAAUGACGUCUGAAAAACAAGCGCAGAAACUGAAUACUGAUUAUGUGCCACUACCUAUAUCUGGGUAGUGCCCCUGAUUAGUUGAUAUUUUGCUUCAAUAACUUGUGUGUGUGUGCACUUCCCAUGAAGUAUCCUAUGUUAAUUGCUACAGCAAAAGGAAAAUAAUAUGACAUUGACCAAGUCCAAAAUCUACAGCAAUUGCUCUUUAAAAUUCAAAAUCCUACAAGCAUCACCAUUAUAAAUGUGGUCUAGGCCCUCAAUGAUGAAAAUUAUUUUUAGAUCGGUAUACAACAAACUUCAAAGAAUCCUUUAAAGCCUACUUUUCUCACUACAAACAAAUGGCAUUUAACAUAGGUAUGAGGUAUAUGAACUAUCUACAAUCGUUGGAAUACAUAAAUGUAUUUUUGUUUUGAUUGUGAUCUAAACAGCAAGGUGUGAUAAAUCAUUGACCUUGAAGGCGAAUAGAUAAAAAAAUUAUCUUCAUCACUAAUAUGGCUCACUCCAUCGUCAUAAGACACAACCUAACAAAUAAAAAGCAACAUUUGUAAACAUCCAUCAUUCCUCAAUAUCCCUGUACUAUUUGAGCUCCAAAACAGCUGAUAUGUAAGUGUUAAGAACGACCCUUGCUACACAAAUUUAUUCAUGGCUGUACGUUUCCCUAGGACCUUACUGCGCUUUUCAAAAACUCUGAAGUUGAAAAGCCACCUUGACAAAUGCAUUUUUCACUGCCACCAAUCCUAAUGACGAUCACAGCAACGAACCUUCGAACACAAAAGCACACAAAAUGGAUCAAAAUCCACCAAUCACAAACCAUGACCUUUUGAACCUGCUGAAGUAAACUUCCUUUUCCUAAGAGGUUUGCUGAAGAUGAUUGAUGGCAGCAAAAAAAGCGAACAUUAGUUGGCUUUUGAACUUCAAAAAUCAUGCGUUUUUGAAAAGCACAGUAAAGGAACCAAUUUAUUUGAUAAACAAACAUUAUCACAGUUUCAUUGCUUUAUCGUUUUAUUUGCAGCAGCCAGGGAUUCCACAACAGCAGUUGCCUUACAUGAUGCUCGGCAACUCACAUCAACAACAACAACAGUCACAUCAAGCCUCUUCACAGCAACCAUAUGCAGCAUACAUAAUGCAGCAGCAGGGUGGUAUGAAAGCUGGGAGCAUGUCACAAGCACAGCCAUACUAUGGAAAUAUGAGCAUGAGUGGUCGGCAAGUUAUGGGGCAGACAAGUCUUCCAACACAGGGUCAGCAAAUGGGAGGCCAAAUACAGAAGCCUUCUCCUGAUUAUACAAGCUUUCAGCAGCAACAACAGAUGCAGCAUAGAUAUCCUCAGGUACAGUAUGAGACAUCUGUCCUGGUGCUGUAAACACUUAGGUUCUGCACAUGCUUUGAUGUUGUUCUGUUCAAUUUAUUUUUAGGGCAAAGGUAUUGUCAUGUUAAGGUCUUUAGGGAUUUAAGUAUCAGCUGUUUUUGUACAGUCAAAAUACCCAGCUAGUUUAAUAAACAUUGAAUAAUAUUUUUCACAAUUACAGGGCCACUUUUCAGUUUUUUUUUUUUUAUAAACUAUGAGAGCACAGACCGUAGAAAUGAUGUGAUGCUUUUCUCUUUCUCUCCUGCAUGCCAUUGUCCAAGAAACUUCACUGAAAGCUGGAUGUCAAGAGCUGUCAUUGUUAUUGUAAAAAAACAAAUCAACAGCAAUUUUCCAUGGUCUAUAUACCCUUAUCAACCGUGGAAGUGAUGUCAAAAUGUUCAAAACAUGAGUGGAACCACGAGCCACAUUACUUCUAUGGUCAAUAAGAGUAUGGACCAUGGCAAGUUGUUGUUGUUGAUUUGUUAGAUUUGGGAAUGACUGUCAGGGCAGCUGCAGGAUUAAUUAUGCAUGUGCUUGCAAUCCUUUUUUGUACUUACUGGCUUUUAGCCAGUAAGGCACUAUGUCAGAGUCUUUGUUAAGGUGUCGGUAUGUCCACCCAUAAGGUCGUUUUUAUUGUUCUUGUAGCACACGGCGUUAAUAGACUGUUUUGUAAGUACAUUUAUCAUUUGAAAAAUAAUUGGAUUGAAAGAAAAAAAUAUAUAAAAGUACAUGAUAUGUCAAGAUUAAAACGCUAAGAAGUAGUGACAAUUUUGAUUAUAAAAUGUAUGAAAAAACGGAAAUAAUAACUAGUAAGUGCGCUAUUUUAAAUGACUUCACAAACUGCAUAUUCAGACCAAUGACACUUUUUUUUAAAAAAGCCUGUGCAUAUUAGAAGUUGCUACACAACAUGACUGCCAUGAAGAAUGGCUUUGUUUUGCAAGCUCAUAGUUUUUUAUGGACAUUCGGUUCUCGUGAAACCACCGACUGAAUGUAGUUGAUCAUAGUUGGUGCAUUUGUCCUCUUUUGGUUCCGACUAUUCAUUGCCAUUUAGCACAUGUCCUCUCAGCGGAAUAUUUUUUUAGGGGUAAAUUCUAAUCUCAGUGCGGAUUUGGUGCAACAACGUGGCAUGGCUCAAAGCCUGACUCUUUUUUUUUGUCAAAUUUUAGCCUCAGUUUCCUCAACAAAUGCCUUACUUGGCUCAACAGCAACAAAGACAACAACAGCAGACAUACCCUCAGCCACCUACCGCAAUGCCGCGAAUGCCAUCGUCUCAUCCACAACCCAUCCUUCCCAAACCAGCUUCAGCUGAAAUGUUUGGUGCCUCUGCUGGCCUGAGGUACGCCAGUAACAAUGGGGGUGAUAGUCUACCAGGUCAGGAUUUUGUGUCAAACAGGAUGUCAGAUCAACAACAGCUUGCAAUGCCUUCUGCACCAGUGUCGUAUGGAAACCCACCCAUGGGACGGAUGAGCUCCUCUUCAGAAAUGAUGGCCAAGUAUGGAGGAAGCAGCCAGGGUGGAUACCAGCGAGGGAACCCUCCACCAUUUCCUGGGUCUCUCCACUCACGGCACUCACCUUCUCCCAACAUCACCUUGGGCUCACCAUUGAGGAGUGUUCCAGAAGGUCAGUAAGAAAUUUGAAAAUGUUAUUAACCCUUUAUUAAGUCCUAGUGGUGAGCAAGAUCAAUUUUCUCCUAACAAUAUCCAUACACUGUCAAGAGAUUAUGAGAGCUAAUGAACUGAUCACGUAAGGGGAAAUGCCUUGAUUUGUUAUCAAUUUUCUCGACUAAUUCUUUAAGGAAAUGUAUGGAGAUCAGUUUGGAGAAGUUGUAUGUGGAUAUCGAAGCUUAAGGGGUUAACAGGUUUUUAAAUAAACCAGCUGGUAAGAGGCAACCAGUUGGCUUUUUACAGCCAACGUUUUGGACUUUAAGUGACCAAGAAACAAAUCCAGCUGGUGGUGACUCCAACCUUGCACUGUUUGGAUUGUGAGUCUGACAUGCUAACCAAUUGAUCCCUCUGCCUCUUAGGGUACACCUUAGACCUUAAUUAACCCCUGAGGUCCCAAGAGUGACCAAAAUCAGUUUUCUCUAAGGGCCUGUUUACGUAGAGAUGGGGGACCCCAGAUAGGUGAGGUAACAUGUGGUCAACCCCACCUAUCAUGUAAAUGUGAUCAAAUUAAAAUGAGAGAUUAUAUGGAUAGGCGGGUUACCUCACCUACCUGGGGUCGACCACCUCCAUGUAAACAGGCCCUAAGACAGCUCUGAUACCCCCCUUCCCCCCAGUGUGAAGAAUUUGUAUGUGGAUUUUUGAUCUUUCAGGGUUAAUGCAUAGUGAUAGAAUGCUAGACAAACACAAAAGCGGUUUUCAGCCUUUCUAAACCUUACCUAUCAUAAACUGCUUUUCAACAUUUAAAGAUGUUCCUUUAUCUAGGGACACCACCCUCAGUUGGUAUGGCCAAUUUUGGUACAGACAGCCCAGCUACAUCAGGCAGCAUGUCAAACUACCCUCCUGGGAAACUGCCUACACCAUUUGGAAUGGGAUCCACCCAAAUGUCAGGAUCAGGAGUAUCUAGUGGCCACCUCCCAUCUUCAAGUGUAGGAAGUUUACACUUCUCCACUGCUGGAUCAAGUGUUGGUGGACCAGCUGCUGCAGCUGCUGCCGCAGCUGUGCUCGAGGCAGCCAAUUCUGGAGCAAGAUAUCCCAACUCUGGUCCAGCUCCAGGGCAGCCAUAUAUGAGUUCACAAGAGAUAAUGCUAGGUAAUGAGGAUCUGUCAGAGGUCUCCUUGUGGGAGAGGGGGAGAGAUCGUAGGGUUUAGGGUUAGGGUUAAGGUUAGGUAGUAAGAGCAGGGUGGUAGUAAGAGGAGUUAGGGUCAAUUUUAGGGAUACAGUCAACUAUCUCUAAGGUGAACAUUUUCAGGACCGGCCCUGACUGUCUGGCUUACAGAGAGUCGAGGUAAUGUGACACCAGUAACUUGAGGAAACUAAAGCUAAACCCAUUCGCAAUAAAUACAUGUCUGUUAAACUUGUACAAAACAGCAAAAACUGGAACUCUGUAACAGAAAAGUGGAAUCACUUUGUCGUUGUAAAAUCAAACGUUCAUUACAAGCUUGAGUGUUCACAGCCGGCUUUGUGGUUUAACUGCAUAAAAGUAUACAUUUUGUGAAUUGGAGGAACACUACACUAAAAAGACACUAAAAGUGUGUAAUUUACUGUCAUGUGGAGCACCUACAUUUGUUUCGAGGUAUUUUUCGCUGCAUAAACAACUUCCCAAUUGUCCGUUGACAGUUUCAAAAGUGUCACUUGCCUGUCUGAGAGAGGUGUCCAUCUUGUAGAAAAAACAGCUUGGACUGGUCAACACCAGGUGUCCGUCUUAAAGAGGUGUCCGUUAAGAGAGAGUUGACUGUAAAGUGAGUGUGUACACACACUCUUGACCAGUGUAAGCUUUCCACCUAACAGAGGUUUCUGGCUUUUGGAAGAGUCAUGAACCAUAUUUUCUCAUUUAAAAGUUGCAAGUAAGCCCCUUGAGCAGUUGCAUAUGUUGAAAUAGGUGUAAGGUUUAGUAGAAAGAUAAAAAUAAUUAUGCUGCCUGGAAAGAUAAGUAGAAAAUGCUUGUGCUCUGUAGUUGCUGUUUGCAUUGGGUAACCAUCUUUUGUUUUGGGGCUACUAUGACAUCCUGCUCUAUUUCUGCAGUUCCUGUGCAGUUAAAAAUUAAUUUGAACUUUUCCACAGGGCGUGUACCUUCCCCAACGUUGAAUGAAUUACCCACUGCCGAAGAUGUGGAGGCAAUGAUUGAGUCCAUGAGAGCAGGGGAGACAUCCUUGUCAACUAACAAUGGCGAGGAGCAGCCUUCACGUGUUUCGGCCCCACCACCACCGUCAGUGGCUACAGUUUCUGGUACAGUGGAGUCUUCACCUUCACAAGGUCCUCCCUCACUAGCACCUCAAGGAACUACUGUUAAUGGUAACAAGACAUAAACUGCUUUUUUGUUAGUCUGGUCGUUUCGCUGCUCUUCAAGAUUCAUUUAAUUCUCAGUGUCUCAGUAUUCUAACAGUUCAAGUUAAUUAGCAGUCACGCGUCAAAAUUGGCUCUCCUCUUUUCACUUCUACAUUUCGAGGAUUAAUAGUGUGAUUUGAUCAAAAAGGAAAAACCCAAAUAUCCUGAUGAGAAAUUCGCUCAAAGGAUGAAAAAACUCUUUUUGUUAAAUGGUUGCAGUUAAUAGGGUUUAUUAUUAGGUGGAAUGAACUCGAAAAGAUACCAUUUCAUGAUCUAAGAAUUGAAAUUCAUAAGCUUUCACCCCCAUUGAAAUGUGUAAAAGUCAAUGAUUUCUUUCUCCUCAGCACAAGGAGAGGAAGAAAAUCUUAUUGCUUGAAUUGCAUUUUAGCCUGGUCUAACUUGUGUUAAAAAGUCAAUCUUUAUUAAGCAAAUAGUUGGCCAUUCCCAGGGGGUGACAGCUAAACCCAGUAUUGAUUCCAUAUAUGUGUAUAUACCUACAUUGCAGCUACAGAUCAAAAUAGUAACAGCGAUACCAAACAGCUGAACAAUUCAACACUCAGCAUGCCCGGUGUGAACAAAGAUGACAACCCUCAAUCUGCUCCUUCGUCACCUCUUUCUACGUUUUCUGGUCUUUCCCCUGGGGUUUCUCCAUCAGGCGUAUCCAUCACAUCAUCAUUUGGUGAUGCAGAAAUUGACCUGGAUGAAAUCAAUCCCUCACUGCCGAAUAAUCCCAUCUCUAUGGUAAGUUUCUAGGGUUAAUGUGGAUUCUUACAUUAAAAGCUGUCAGUUAGAACCUGUUAGGCUAAAAUUUGCCAGUUAGGCCUCCUCUAUACAAGAGGAGGGGGGGCAAGGGUGGCGCAGUGGUGAGAGCACUUGCCUCCCACCGAUGUGGCCCGGGUUCAAAUCCCAGCGUCGACAUCAUAUGUGGGUUGAGUUUGUUGUUGGUUCUCUCCCUUGCUCCAAGAGGUUUUUCUCCAGGUACUCCAGUUUUCCCCUCUCCUCAAAAACCAACACUUCCAAAUUCCAAUUCGAUCUGGAGCGCACGGACACAUUUAAACGAGUUCAACUCUUAUGUGCUUUGUGGGUAAAAAAGCAAUUUACAAUUUUUUUUAUUUUUUAUGUGUUUAGCCUAAAAUUUGAAACAGGUUCUUACUUUCUAAAACAUCUAAAAAAAAAUUAUGUACACUUGGGCAACAUUCAGGAUCCUCUUUGGAGAGAGAGGUGCCUUAUCACUCCAUCUGCAAUGUAAUGGCAUGCAGAUUUUAUAUAAGCAAUAAGCUGAGUACCAAUGAAUACUCUCACAUAUGGUUACAUUGUAUAUUUUUGCUUCAAAAAAUAAGAACCUAAAUAGCCUAAAAUUGUGCUAAUUCCAUUUAUGUAUAAAUCUGUCAUGGCUAACUCGGGAAAAUACAGGUUCUUACUCGCAGAUUUUUACUUUAGCUCACUUUGAAAAAGAGUUGUCUCGUGGGUUGAAAGUGACAAUGCAUGCACUUGCGGGAUUGUUUAGGUUGCUGCAAAAGCAAGGCUGCCGUCCCUGAUCUUCUGGAAUUUUCACAACAUACAAAAACCAGGCUUUUAGUAAUUAUUGAAUUCAGCUUUCGUAUAAUGUGAAGUAUUAUACAGAUCAAGGAGACUGUUAUCAAGGUGAAGGCUGAGGUGGAUAACGGCACCUGAGAUCUGCAUAAUUCUUCACAUCAUACAAAAGCCAAAUUCAAUAAUUGUUUUAUUAUACAUUCAAAACAUUUCUAAGGUCUUAUCAAGAUAACCUCCUCACAGUCUUUCCUGUAAACUCUGGCCUAUUUCUUGGCACAGUUCCAGGAUAUAAACAGGUGUUUUUAUGUUAUAGAUACUCUGUCCAUCGAACAAUGUUUUUUUCCAUUCAAUUUUGGUCAGAAAUUUGGCUGUUGCAACUUCAGAUAGCCAUGUCACUCUUGUACAUCUCCCAUAAUGCACCUUAUUUGCCCCCCAAAUUUUGCAUAACCUUUGUUUUUCCUUUCUGCUGGGUAUUACAGCUGUCCCAAGAGAAAUUGAAAACAAUGCUUAUGCAACAUUUGGGGGGGCUAGCCUGCGAAAACGUCCAUUUCUCCUCACUCUUCACUGCUGGGUAUGUUUCGCGUGGAGGAACCUCUGUGACUCAGUGACAGAAAUUCCACACUGAUGACAUAAAAUCUGUCCAGAAUCCAGUCUGAAGUGUUGAUUGGUUGGCAGAGUAGUUACAAUUUUUUAGUUAUUGUUUACAAAUGACAGACAAAAGACAAAAGGCCACGAAGGUCAAAUCUAAACGCAACAAAUCUCUAUCAAAACAGUCAAUAUUUGUGGAAUAAUAGUCUUCUCUAGAAGAAGCAUUUGAGUUUUGUUGGGGCGCAUUGGCAGAUGAACACAAUACUUUUCCAAAAUCGACCAUAAGACACAGAAAAUUGGACAAAUUUGUAUUUGGAACCCCAUGACUACCAUUGAUUUGCAUCAUCAGUAUGGAAUUUCCUCCCUGCGAAACGUCCCCAGUGGCGAAGAGCGAGGAGAAACAGAUGUUUUCGCAGGCUAUUGGGGGGCAAGUAAGGUGCAUUAUGGGAGAUGUGCAAGUGGCGUAUUAGCGCCAGUUUUUUUAGUUUACUGGUGGAUAAAUAGCUUGGCGGCCCAGCCUGGAAAAGAUCCCUGGUCUUUUCCCCAUGCAGCCUUGUUUCCAGGCAAAUGUACCAUCGAUUAAUAUGCCAUUGAAUUUAUCGCUUGCAUCUUCCAAAUUUGGUCAACACCAGGAAAAAGACGAAAUUGAACGAAUAGAGUAUUAGUGAGCUUACGCAACAGGGCGGGAGAGGAAAGACGGCGGAAAACCUUGUGUGACAAGCGUGACAAUAAUUUUCGUUGAAGAAACCUUCCGCCAAAGUUCACAUUCCUUUAAACAGAUCUUUUUGUAGAAGAGCUAAAAACAACAAUGUUAAGUGAAUUCCCGACAAAACACGCAAGUAAUAUCCCCGUGACGUUUGUCACACUCAAGCGUUUUGCCGUCCUCUUCUUUCUACCGUCCUGUUGCGUAAACUCACUAUUAUCACGUGACCCACAUAGGGAAAACAAAACCAUCAAGCAAAUAAGGUCUAUUCGAAUUUCACCUUCUGUAGAUUCCAGGCUAUCACUCUUCUCAAAAGUGAGCUGCUUUAUAAUAACACUGAGCUUUUUGCUUGUCCUGUUUUAUAGUCUUCAUACCAGUUUCCUUCAUCGAAACAGAACCAGCAACAGUAUGACAAGGUAUGUGGUUCAUGUGCUAAUAAUUUUCUCUCAGGACUUUGAAAACUCAGGACUUUGAAAACUCUGAAAAUUCCCUCUCUUUGUUUGUCUAUUCCUUUAUAAUUUCAUUGAGUUACGUUAAUAAAAAUAAUAAUUAUUUACCGUAUUUAUUCGAAUAAGCGCCGCAAUUGGGAGAAAGAAGCCGCGGCGCGUAUGGGAGGAAAUACGUUAUUUCUUCUCGAGCGCUAUUUACAAGUGUAGGUCAAUUUUCAUAUUUUGUACUCGGGAAAAUUUCGUCCAUUUGAGUAUCUCAAUAUCUUAGACCUCUUUUAGACUUGAUCAACGUUAAAACAGGCAGAUGCCUGUGAAAGAAACAACUGACAUCAAUAUUUUUGAGACUUUCUAUUUUUUCCUUAAUGAUAUUCCAAAUAGAAAUAUACCUAGUAUAUUUUUCAUACUCCCAGUUACAAUGUAACUCGUCCAUCCAAAGAUCAUUUUGCAUUGGAGAAACGUUUUUCGGGAGGGGAAGAAGGUUCAUUCUUGUUAGAAAACUUUGUAACUGCAGUUACUGAAUUCUGCCGAUUAGGAAAAUUUUUAAUGAGAAUAUCAAAGAGACUUGGAAAAACUCUGGACAUUUUUUAAAGUUGAUGAAUAAUUUUGCUUUUUCAGUUCUCCAAGCUAUAUGAACUUUCUGAUGAACCAGAGAGGAAGGAAUUCCUUGAUAAGUAUCAGGAAUUCAUGAAUAGUCAAGGUAACUUGGAAAGAGAUCUUUAGAAAGCGUGGAGGAAAAUGUAUAGUUGAUGUCCUUGUUUGUCCGUCUUUACAGGAACAUCCUGGGAGGCCCAGGGGCGGUCAGUCGGGUCGGGAUUAACGGCGGCGAAAGUUUUCAAGAACGGGCGAGAGAGCCCCUGGGAUGCUACUAUUAAAGAACCAGUUCCACUACUCAGCCGAGUGCUUUUCUCUGAUUGGGCUCAAAAAUCGGAAGCCAGCAUCUAUCGCGCUGCUUUCGUGAUCUUCUUAUAGAAAGGAGUUAACUUGCAAACUCGACUUUUCGCCGUACCUGUCUGGCUCGUGCAGGAGAGCUUUCAAAACUGGACACAGACAAAACGAUUUCCUCUUAAUAUAACUCUACGUACCGAUUCAGGUCAUUAAAAGUUAAAACAUGUGCGCGCGAAAUGUUGUGCGUGACUGUUUACGCCUACUCGGCAUACUUUUCAGUCAAGUGCAGGAGAAAAUUCUUCGCCCUAGUUUGUAGGUUUGUACUUAAAUAUUUCUCUUCAGUGACACAAGAGGAUCAAACGAAACUGGUAGACUAAACUUGCGGAGUUGCAUGCACAAACCUAGAAGUACACUGGUGUUUAAGAAUACCUUCGAUCAGUCCACAGCCUGAUUUCUUCGGGUUGGUACAUUUUUGAUUUAAUUAGAUUGCCAGUUAUUAUGCAUGCAACAAUUUCCUUCUUUUUCUCACCAGUAGUUAACAUGAAUAGAGUCGGAACAUUUUAUGCGUAAUAAAUGUUUCGGGUUAUACGGAAAUCUUACCUUUCGUUUUGUUUUGCUAACAUGCUAAAUUAUGGGAUAUAUUUGAUUUUGUGGCCCCGAUUUUCUUUGAAAACUCUUCUCGAAGAAAGCUCUUCUGCACAACCCAAAUAUGUAUGGCGAUCUUCGGCGAACAGUCAACUUUGCAGGUAAACUCCUUCGUAUAAGAAGUUCACGACAGUAGCGCGAUAGAUGCUUGUCUUUGAUCUGGCACAAAAAAAAUCAAGCAGAGUCAAGCAUUCGAAUGAGUCGUGGAACUGUUUUUUUAAGAGUAGCAUCCCAGGGGCUCUCUCAACCGUCCUUGAAAACGUUCGCCCCCGUUUUUCCCAGCCCGACUGACUUCCUUUGGGUCUCCGAGGGUAUGACAGGAAUAGCCAGCAUAGGAAAGAACGCGGUUUUUUUACUGUGGACUGCCCAGUAACUUAAACAUUUCAUCCACAGAUUUACAGUGAUAUCUGGGCAUUCAGCCAAGUGUUUGAAGUGUUUUCUACAAAUUUUUGACAACUCUAAUGGAAUUUUUUUAUGAUGUAGUAUCAAUCAAAGAGUCCCGCGAUGCGAUUUUCACGUUACUCUUCUUUUUGUAAGAUUUUCAAUUUAGCUCUUGGAGUUGUACGACCCCGACUUCAAACAUCUCGGAUUUGGAUUGGUUCUGCAUUAUGUGAAAUCCACGUUUUUUAGAGCACUUGUUAAAUAGAUGUCGAAAAUCUCAUUCAUCACUGUGAAUGUUAGUACUUUCUUCUGCGUUAUGACAAAAAAAGUUGAUUGUUUUGGUUUUGUGUUGUGUUCAGUGAAAAUCUCGAUUGCAUGGGAAAUAUUUUUCAACUAUUUUUUGUUUUUAUAGGCACGCAGAUUAGCCAAGUUCCUGUGGUGGCAAGGCAACCUCUUGAUCUCUUCAAGUUUUUCACUGUAGUCCGAGAUAGAGGCGGUUUACAAGAAGUGAGUUUAUUUAAUAAAAACUCACCCCGCUGCGGCUAGCUACUUGUUUCACGCCCUUUCAACCAGCUGCACGUUUUCACGAAGUUUUUCCGCGUUUCCUUUCCCGCGCUUGCGUUUAGUAACAAGUUGUCCGCGUUAGGUACAGGCAAAAUGUUUUCCCGCGCUUGGGACAACUUGGACUGCCAGAUUGGUUACAUAUUUUCCCUCCUUGCGGACUGGUUACAUGGGGUGCUUACCGUUUACACAAACUACCUGGGUGGAAAUCUUGUGCAUAAACGUAAAACCAUAAAAUUUGACGUGUUGGGAGAAGAACCCGUAACAAAGUAUAUCGAAAUCAACUGUAGAAACUAAAAAAGUAGGAAAAUUGAAUCGCUUCAAAUCACAGCCCCUAUUUUCUGAAGCUUCCCAAAUGGAAUAGCCUCCCACGCAGACGUUCUUAGGGGUUCGUCACGCGUUCCUGACUGCGUUCCUUGUGAGGCAGGAACGCGUGACGAACCCCUUAUUACGUCUGCGUGGGAGGCUACAAACGGAAUGGCACUAAUGGAAUUCAAUUUUUCAAUCGGAAUUUCCGGUUUUUGCAUGUAAAUGGUAAGUACCCAUGUUUUCCCGCGCGACGCUUAGACUGGUUACAAGUUUUCCCGCUUGAGACUUGUGAGUGGUGACGUGCUUUCCCUCGCAGGGGACUGGUAACUUGUUUUCUCUUACUCACUUGCAACCGUUGUUCUUCUUAGGUCGUGAGAAGAAAGCUAUGGCAGGAUGUCUUAGAGGCCUUAAACCUCCCUAUGGAUAACCCCAGUAUAGUGAAUAACCUUCGCAACCAGUAUUCACGAUACCUGCUCUCUUUUGAAAUGAAACAUACCAAGCAAAACUCCAUUGAUGACAUAAAGAUUAACCUUUUGGAAAAUUCAGGCAUUCCUCCUCCAAAUGCUACUGUUACAUGUUCGGAGGCAAUUAUACCCACAAACAGUCUUACACAAAGCCAGCGGGAAACUUCCUCCAUUCACGGAUCCUACAACUCAAUGACAAACGAAUCCCCUGUCGGUCUGCCUCCCAGCUACAACGCUAGGGAUAGCUAUGCGGAAUCUAGCUACGAAAAUAGCAGUAAAAGUUUUCCUGACCUUAGAGACAGUUCUCUUAAUUUUCAAAUGAAACAACCGACUCCUCCCAAUUCAUUUGGAGUACCUCCGUAUCAGUACUCUGGGGAUAGGAGACAGAGCUUAUCGAAUCAACCCCAGGGAGGGCUUCCUCCGUACAUGUUGUCGCAACGUAAUAUGUAUCCGGGACCCCCUUCCAUGUCGCCGUACUUUCAACAGUCGACUCCACAAUCAGGGCAUCCAGCGGCUAACUAUCCACAUUCGCAGUACCCUCAACGGGCAAGUCCGUCAUUGAUGGGGGCGCUCUCAUCAUCGCAUUCCAUGAUGCCCACUGCAAACCCACAGGAUAAGAUGCAUGUUGCAUUGUGGGGCUCCCAGUAUAGCCCUUCAACAGAACCAGAGCACAUUGUUGAUUACCCUCCCGGGGCACACAGUGGGCGAGCUCCUCGUUCAUCAAGUGGUCUUCCGCCCCAGUUCUCCCCAGCACCUCCCUAUGGCUCAUACCCAGGUCGUCAACAAAGCCAAUAUUCCGCCGCCACUCCGCCAUAUCGUCCCAGCCCCUCGCCGUCACCGUCGUCCCGGCAACCAUUGGCGCAGUCACUGCAGGCGUCACAGAAGAUGAAGUAUCCCCACCAACAAGCAACGCAGCAACAGCAGCAGCAGUCACAGCAAGCUGUAAAGAGGGAUAUGCCCUUUCCUAAUGACUGUGUUGAGGCCACAAGACCUGUCUUUACCAAGAAACGCAAGCUUACGUCUAGAGACUUAGGUAUGUUUGGUUAUUUUUUUGUUUGACAAUACUGAAAACAAAAACGAAGUAGAAGAAAGAAAAAUUCUUUUUACACAGAUGAGCCCUUUAAAGGUGCAGUCCAAUGUUAAAAUCCAUCCAAAGCAAUUUAUGUUAACAUGAACGUGUUACCCUGUGUCCACGCGAGUCCGUUAAAGCAUUUUUGAAAAAGAAAGAAAAACAGCCUCCAAACACUAAGAAAUAAUUAACUGUUAACUCUGGCCUAAGGAUUGGUUCUAGUAGGUAGUUUAGUAUACACAACUUCACGAAAUAAGAUCCGACUGCGGCAACAGCAGUUUCACGUUUUAUAGAGGAUUUUAACAAGCGACGACAAAAUUUUCUUUUCUCUUCUUUUUUAUUCGUAGGAAUUUAAUUCCAGGAGAGUUUUUCUACACUUGAUUAAGUGAGUUGGAAUGAUCGCGAUGAAGAUUGUUUCAACUCAAAUGAAAUGUCAAAUGAAAGUAAAUCUCCCCGGAAUUGAAUUCUUGGGGACCGAACCCAAGUUAAGAAUAAGAAAAAAAAAUUCAUGGUGGUGUGUUUACGUCCUCCAUUUCUCGAAGUAGUCGUGCAGUGAUGGCAAAGAAAUGUACAAAAAAGUGUGUUGUACGUGCAGAGUGGUGAUUUUGCUUAUUAAACGUAUUGCUCUUCUGAUUUUCGCGUUGUCGUUGCCGUCGUCGAUGCUGAAGCUCCCUUAACACCUUAAGCCCUGAUAUCCACAUACAAAUUCUCCAAACUGAUCUCCAUACAUUUUCUUAAAGAAUUAGUUGAGAGAAUUUGAUAACAGAUCAAAGCAUUUUCUCUGUAGUGAUCAUUUUAUUAACUCUCAUAACCAUUCCUCUUGGAAACAUGGAUAUUUGUUAGGAGAAAAUUGAUGUUAGUCACUAUUGGGAUUUAAAGGGUGAACUCCCGAAAACUGCAACGUAGAAGCAACGGGAAUUUAUUCCUUUUGAAAUGUUAUCAUUUUCAGGUCCCGUGGAAGCCUGGCGAGUUAUGAUGUCAUUGAAAUCUGGUUUGUUAUCGGAGGCCACUUGGGCUCUGGAUACACUCAACAUACUCCUGUAUGACGACAACACCGUAGCCUACUUCAUGUUAUCGCAACUCCCGGGUCUCCUGGAAAACCUGAUUGAUCACUUCCGGCGGUAUCUAACGGAGAUUUUUGGUGCGUUUGAUGAGAGCGAGAUCACUGUGGGUGCUAAGGUGUUUGAGCCAUCUGGAGAGGAGGCAAAUGAGUACCAGCCAAGCACGGAGGAAGAGCAAGAGAUUGAUAAGAUAAAUCAAAACGCUAAGCGGAGUUUUAGCGCCGUGCUGGUCGGCUCAACUUUUCAGUUUUCCAGGGAGGGAUUUCAGAGCGGUUCAAGUAACUGGCUGAUGGGCGGUGGAGAUACAACUCUUCAUAUACAGACACAUAUGGGUUCUAUGUUGACUGAACAGCAGUGCCAGAGCACUUGUAUGAAAUCCGAUACGGAAUUGCAGUGUUCGGAGGAUCUGAACUUUGGAAAAGUUCUAAGAAUUUAUAGCGAACAAAAACAGCCCUCUAGCAUUGGAGAAAAGAAGUCGGAGGCUUUGUGUAUGGACAUGAAUUGUCCAAGAGACAGAAAGUGUAUGGUGAAUUGUAAAGAACUUAAAAAAGAAUCCUCUUGUCCAGUUUCGGUUAAGGAGGAUUCGGAAUCUAAACCCGAUACUGUCGUUAAAACAGAAGAGGAGCAGAACGAGAACUCUACGGACGAAAACGAUGAUGAAAAGUUUACCGCUAAUUUAAAAAAGGAACUUGAUUUGGACUUGGACUCGGACCCUGAGGAUUCCGAAGCCGACGUAUAUAUUCAAAGAGAAGUUGUGGGUAAAAUGAACGUGAAACAAGAACCAAUUAUUGAAGAACAAUCAUGCGGCAAAGAGGACGCUCCGCUCUGUUUAAGAACUGAGACCCAAGACGCUGUUUCACGGCGUUGUCUUUGCGUGUCAAACAUUCUUCGAGGACUUUCUUUCGUUCCUUUAAAUGACGCUGAAAUGUCGCGGCACGCGGGUUUGUUAUUGAUCGUGGGUCGUCUGCUGCUGCUCCAUCAUAGACAUGCUAAGCGCGUGCCUUAUCGUCAUUCGUAUCUCCAAGAGGAUAUUGAGCUCGAGUCCCCCAGCGAUGAUCGUCAAGACUGGUGGUGGUAUUGUCUGGAGGGUUUGCGUGAGAACGCGUUGGUAAUCAUAGCCAAUAUAGCGGGCCAGCUCGACUUGUCCCUUUACCCUGAAGCAAUCAGUUUGCCGCUUCUGGAUGGACUGCUGCAUUGGUUCGUGUGCCCUUCCGCUACCGCUGAAGACCCUAUGCCGACAGCAACUCCGGGCACCUCGCUGUCCCCGAGACAACUUGUUCUAGAGGCCCUGGCCAAGAUGAGCAUAUUAGAGGCCAAUGUUGACCUGAUCCUCUCUUCGCCCCCGUUAACACGCGUCGAUGAACUCUAUGGCAUGUUGGUUCGUCUGGUCGGGGAGAGAGGUAAUCCAGUGACGCGAGAAUUUGCCCUUGUUCUUCUGUCCAACCUUGCACAAGGAGAGAAUUCCUUUGUUGGUUUCGGCGACAGCAAAGCGUGCAUUUCCAUGUUGUUAGAAUUUAUCGAGGAUGCGGCCUCUACCUUGAAUGCUUAUUCGGCAGGCAGUGCUCUGGCCCAAGCUGGUUUUCCUUCGGAGAACUUAUGCGGUACAAGUGUGGACAUGUUGCGAAGGGCGGCAUCGACGCUAGUUUGCCUGGCCCGGAUUCGCUCAAAUCGCAAGCUCUUUCUACCCUUCCAACAGCGUAUCCUGCGCCUUGCGAUAAUGAAAGUCUUGGAUAAUAUGAUAACAGGUCAUUUGGCCGAGAUUCUGUUCUAUUUAUCAAGGUGAUCUUGUCAGUGCUCAAUGAUGAGGCACAGUUCGCUCUCCUUUAAUUUUGUUCGUAACGGUGGAGGAAUCUCCAAGCAGUUAAUACCAAUUUUGUUCUCCAAGAACAAGUCCGUUUUGUUUGUUUAGGUAUGUAGUUGUGGCCAAGCCAUACAAAAUAGAUAAAGGGUGUGUGCACUGAUGUUUAACCACGUUAAUGAACAGUUGUCCUUUCUCGGCGAUGAUUUAUUUUUCAUCAGUUGUAUAGCUUAUCUUCCGGAGACUACCGUACAAAAGAUACUCGGCAUUAUUAUUUUUUUCGGUUUUUGCGGUGUUGUAAGUGUUUGGGCCUGGUCUCAAAGUGUGGGAGUUUUCUGCAACCAUUUCCUGUGUUCCGCAACAUUUUCUAGAGCUCUCUCAUUUAAUCCGCCUUCGACCGAGUUCUCCGUUAAACCGUUAAGAAGUCCUCCGGUACUAAGGAGUGGUUUCAGAAAACUCGCACUUUAUCUUAACCGUACCUUGGGGGUGAGAACGAGAACAUAAAGUAAGCAGCGAAUUAAUUGUCUUUGUAAUACGUAAUCGAGCGUUACUUUUUUAAUAGAAACCAACUUUCCAAAAAUGAACAA